AGACGUUAGCUCAGCUUGGCUCGUUUCGGCGCGCCCACUUUGCCAACCUUGCGCCUCAUUGGGAGGCGCUGAUGGCGGAGUUGGCGCGCUGGCAAUGGGAUGAUGCCGGCACGUGGCGUGAAUUUGCUGAGCAACUGCAGGCCCAAAUGGAAGCAGCUUACCAACGCCGAGAACGAAGCAUUGAGCUGGAAAUCCCACCCUUCGGAACCUUUCGCAUGGAUUUACAGCAGCUGACGCAGACCACUGUGCGUGGGCGAAAUCCGGGCUACGAGCGCGAGAUCCGUCGUCAGGUUCGAAAGAUUGAGCUAGGUUACUUCCUACUGGGCUACGAAGGGGAGAUCUGCUCCUCCGACUCCUUAGUGGAUCGCCUCGAGGACAUUGAAGUCUUGCAGAAACUUGAACGUGUCUUACGGAGAAUAUCCGAAGAGCCUGAAGACUUCUCGUUCCGCAGCCUCAAUUUGGUUGAUGACGAGUAUAGAGACAACCUGGGCUCCAACGAUGAUGCACAGCAGUUCCUGGAAGAAUUGGGCUUUGAACUGAUUGAGGAGGGCCCAGAGUGCUUCUUGGUCUUCAUGCAGGAGCAGGUGGAAGGGAUCCGAGCGGCACAGAAGGAUGUCGAGGCCAGGCUGAAGAAGCUGGGUGUCAAGAGCCUGGAUCCAGUUGAGAGCAACGCGGUGGAAUCCAAUGCGGUGGAAUCCAACGAGGUCGUGGAGUCCAACGAUGUCUCGAACGAGCCCAAAGCGACGCCCAAUGGACAUGGCCAUGGUGGUCCCAUGCAGCAGGUUGCGAGCCCGCUGACAACCUCGCAGGGUUCAGGCGACGCUCCAGCAACUUGUGAGAUUUCCCUGGUCCUACCCUCUGGCGAGACUCGCAAGAUGAACUUGCCCGGUGAAGCGACACUCGAAGACCUGCUGAUGGAAGUCAAGGCCAUGAUCCCGGAGCUCCGCUUGCCGUGCCUCAAGAGUGGUGAGGAGCAAGAACAAUGGCCCCGACUAGAAGCCACCACAGGCACCAAACACAAGAAGAAGGGCCAGAAGGCGCACGGAAGGGGCAAAGGAGGCAAAGGCCUCUCCAAGGGUGUGCCUGAGAGCAAAACCGAGAGCACAACUCCUGAAAGUGCUGACCCAGUGAUGCAUCAAGCGCCAAUGUUGGAGAUGAGUUUGGCAGCGGAGCCUGAUCUGAGGCUAUGGAGAGCUUGCCCCCGUCAUGUCAUCGCCCGAGAUGUGAAUGGCAAGCGGUUACCGACGAAGGAUGAAGGAUCGACUGAUCCAAAAGUCUUCACUUUUCCGGAUACGUCAACGGCUUCAUUGCCAGUUGUUGUAGAGGACUUCGAAGAAGCCUUCACCAAGAGAUUGCAGACUGGGCUCCUUCGCUUGCGGGACCUUGCCUCUGUGGCCCCGCUGUUGGAUUGGGAAAAGCCGGAGCUGCCCAAAAUGCUCAUGGGCCGUUUGAAGUCGCUUCUGGAAGGCAGUUGUGAAGCUUGGUGCAAGGCAGCUGCUUGCAGCCAGGAGGAUGAAUUGCUUUGCGCCCGUGUGCUGCUGCGGCGAGUCUAUGGUGCAUUAUCUCUAGACGAGAGACUCCGGAUUUGCAGGGAUCUCCUACCACCAGAGAAGAAGGACCGGAAGGCUAGAGUCGAGGUGGAUCGGGGUGAGGACUUCUUGAAGAACAGCUUCACUGGGCUCAUGAGGCUCAGCGUGGAGGAGCUUCGAAAUCCUUUAAGCAUUUGCUUCAAGAAUGAGGCCCAGAUCAUCCACUGGCGCAUGCGUCGCUCCGAACGCGGACUGUUGCUGGACCGAAUGAGCAUCUAUGCCACGGACUUGCAGCACAUCAUCCGACAGCAUUUCAACCAACUGCUGCGCAUUCGGCCAAGUGUCCCAGCACGGGAGAUUGCUCAGCUCUAUGUCUUGGCACAUCUUCAUCCGGAAAGUCUGAGAUCGGAGAUUGUGGAUGGAGAGAAACUUCGACUUUGCUUCAGGGUGGACAGCCUGCAGCCCUUUAGGGUCCAGCUCUUCUGGGGUCGCUGUCACUGUGAUGAGCUGAUUCAACAGCUGACCCAAGAGGACUCGCAGGCGCCGUGGACUGGUUUGGGUCCCGGUGGCGAGGCAACGCCAGCGGGAUGUGGGCAAGAGAUCACCCUAGUUGAAGAUUUGUCCACCAUCAAGACCAGUCUGGAUGAAGAAGCCUCAGCUGACAGGAUUCCUUUGGUAAUUUGCCUCUGGACAGCUUCCGAAGUGACACAAAUGUUGACCUUCGCUGAGCUGCAGGCUUCAAGCGUCGAGGUCAUGCAGCAGGUGGUGCUCACCCGUGGCGUCCCUCGAAAACUCAUGGGAAUCUUUGGCAUGGAGGGCGAGGACGUGGAAUGCAUGGUGUGCUUUGAUCGGCGCAGGAAUGUGAUUGUCCUGCCAUGUCGGCACUGUUCUGUAUGUCUCCCCUGUUUGCGAUCAAUGCGCGAUGAGAGGAUCGACAUUUUCAGCAUAUUUGCUGCUGCCUCUGCGGACCGGUCCUCGGCCAUUGGAGUGAGAAAAGCGUCGAAAGCGUUGCGUGUGGAGCUUGAAGUGGUGAAGACGCUCUGGAGGCGAUUGCCCACGGGUGCGUUGGCGCCCGUCCCUGAUGUGGUGGCCGAGACUUCACCCAAGGACACUCUGGCCGGCCUUAGCGAGGUUGAGGGAGCGUACCGAGCCUCAGGGCGCGCUGCAGGUUUGGCUCUGAAGUAUGGCGAUGUCCUUGGCGAAGAACUUGCAGGCUUCUUCAUGUAUCAAGUUGCUCGCGAUGACACGGUGAGCUUGGAGGAGCUACAGCGGCAGAUUGCAGAGUCUGAGGGGAGUGAUGACAUUCGCGCGUCUCGUAAACUCCUGGAAUGCCACGUCUCCGAGUCGGGCAUCAAAGGGCUGAAGCUCACACGAACCAUCACCGGCACAGCCACGGAGGUGGAGCUGGUGCCUGGGGGCCACAACCUGGAGGUCACCGAAGAGAACAAGGCAGAUUGGUUACGGCUACACUUGCAUGACAAGCUGUACAGAUCCAUGCAGAAAGCCGCAGAUUCCUUUCGCCAGGGGAUCCUGGACAUUUGGGGCGGGAGCCGGCGCACCUGUCCAUUGCUGGUGCGACAUCCGAUCGCAGGGCGUUUUUGGGACAGAUCAGCCAGCUCUAUGUGUAUUUGUACAUGUAUAUAUAUAUAUAUAUGA